CGAAUGAAAGGGGAAAACAGAAAUGUCAAAGGAGAGGAAAAACAAAAUUUGAUGGGGAAAUCAUCAAAGCAAGAGUGAGUGGACACUGAGCACUAGAAGCCAUGGGGACAUUUAAAACCCAGAUGUUAUGGGAGGCCAUCAGGAAGGGAGACCUGACUGGAACAAUAGGUCUUCUAGAGAGUGGAAAUAUCAACCUGGAGGAGAGGGAUGGGAAUGGCCAGACGUUCCUGAUGCUGGCUUGUGAGUUUGGGGAGUUAAAUAUAGUCAGGGAACUCCUGGAGGCACACGUGGAUCCAAACGCUGUAGACAUGGAUAACUGGAGUGCCCUGUUAUACAGUGCUAAGGAGGGGCACCUGGAGAUAGUGAUUGAGCUGUUAGAGAGAGGGGCAGACAUUGAGCACAAGGAUAUGUGUGGCUGGACAGCUCUGAUGUGGGCGUGUUACAAGGGAAAGUAUCUGGUGGUUCAGGAACUCCUGGAAAGGGGAGCAAACUGCAACAUUAAAGCUGAGAUGAACAUGACUUGUUUGGCCUGGGCAGCAGGACGCGGUCACACUGAUGUAGUGAAGAUUCUGAUUCAGAAAGGAGCUAAAGUUAAUACACCAGACAAAUACGGUACCACCCCCCUGAUCUGGGCCUGUAGAAAGGGUUAUCUGGAAAUCGUGGAAACUCUUCUCAAUGAAGGAGCAAAUACUGAUGUUGUGGGAAUGAAUUCCUGGACAGCUUUGUUAGUUUCAGCUAAGGGAGGAUUUACAGAGGUUGUUCAUCAGUUACUGGAGUAUGACCCCAAUGUUAACGCUGUAGACAAGGAUGGCUUUACUGGUUUGACGAUUGCAGCUAAGGAGGGUUACACUGAGAUAGCUCAUGAUCUUCUCUCAAAAGGAGCCUACGUCAACAUUAAAGAUAGGGCAGGAGACACAAUUCUGAUUCAUGCAGUGAAGGGUGGCCAUAUUGAAGUAGUCCGAGCUCUGAUUGAUAAAUAUGCUGACAUCGAUGAGAUUGGAGCGGAGGGUAAAACAGCUCUGUAUUGGUCAGUAGAGAAGGGUUAUGUAGAAAUCUGUAAACUGCUGCUUAACAACGACCCUGACCUGGAAAUCGCCAACAAGGAUGAAGACACGCCUCUAUUGAGGGCGGUAAGAAGUCGGAAUGAGCCGUGCGUUAGACUUCUACUGGACAAAGGGGCCAGAGUGUCCGCAGUUGACAAGAGAGGUGAUACAGCACUACACAUCUCCCUAAGGGCCAGGAGUAAGCGAAUCACAGAGCUCCUUCUCCGUAACCCUAGAAACAGUCGUCUGCUGUAUCGACCCAACAAGGCUGGGGAGACUCCAUACAAUAUCGACGCGUACCACCAGAAAGGCAUACUUACCCAGAUAUUUGGUCACAGAAAUCUGAAUGCUAAUGACGGUGAGAAUUUACUGGGAUAUGAGGUGUACAGCAGUGCCCUGGCAGACAUCCUGAGUGAACCCUCUCUGAACACUCCCAUUACAGUGGGGCUGUAUGCCAAAUGGGGGAGUGGCAAGUCUUUCCUCCUCAGUAAACUUCAAAAGGAGAUGAAGACUUUUACCCGCGCUAACAAGGAGGAUCACUUCACCUUCAGCUGGACUCUGUUUAUCAUUCUCCUCCUCCUGAACAACUUAGUGGGGCUCACUCUUGCCAUGACUGUGGGAUGGGAAGUCGGCCUCGGGGUUGGCCUCGGGCUUUUUUUGAUUGAUUACAUAUUUCUGGGUGUGCUUCACCUGCUGUGCCACCGCUACAACCUGAAGUACGCUAACCGCCUGAGUCUGUUACUGGGGAGGAAGAUCCAGAUCACCACGUCUCUUCUACAGGUCCUCUUCCUCAACUCCAAACGCGUCUCAUCCUCGUCUAAAUACAUAGAGCCCUCCGUCAAGUUCCUGUUUUCUGAGGGCACUAAGCUGACCAGUGUGGGAGGAGAGAAGGCCCUGGCGGCUAUGAUUGGAACCCUAGGGGAGGCCCUGGAGCAGGAGUAUGGGUCGGUGGUGGCCAGGCUGUUCAGAGUCUUCAAACCUCACCCUGACAAGCCGUAUACUGGUCGCUUUAAGACACUGUGCUGCGUGCCCUACUUUGUGAUCGUCUAUCUGGUCUGUCUGGCCCUGGAGAUUGGAGUGUACCUUCUGGUCUCUCACUUUGCCUUUAACCAGUUCACUAACGAGGAUCGUGUCUAUAGUAACAUGACAACAGUGGCUGUCCCACACAAUCAGGUGGAGGAGUACCCCGCCCUGUUUGGGGUCCUCUUCACCAUUGCCAUCAUCGUGGGGCUGGCCAUCAUUGGGAACAUCUACACCUGGGGGCAGGCCAUUCUGGCCCUCCUCUCCUCACAGAGGAGACGAAUCAUGAAGGCCGCGGACAGAAUCGACAAGAUUAAGGUGGAUGGUCUGAUGCACAUCCUUAAGUACGAGGUGGACCUGAUGGCGAAGAUGGUGACCUUCAUGGACAAGUUUACAGAGAACCAGACAAGGCUGGUGGUUAUUGUGGACGGACUGGACAGCUGCGAGCAGGACAAGGUGCUACACGUGCUGGACAUUAUCAAGGCCCUCUUCUCUGACGAGGACUCCCCAUUUAUAACCCUCCUGGCUAUAGACCCACACAUCAUCAUUAAAGGCAUCGAGAGUAAUAUAAAGACGGCAUUCCAGGACUCCAAUGUUAAUGGCUAUGAUUACCUCAGGAAUGUGGUGCACCUUCCCUUCUAUCUACAGAGUCAGGGGAUGGCCAUCAAAAAGCAGGAUAUGGCCAAAAGUCCUUCCACAUUUGAAGUAUCGGGGAAUCCCGAGUCUCCAUCUAAAACAAGAAGGAGUUACCAGCAUCAGGAGUCUGUUAUGUCGGGCUAUUCCACUGGAGAUAUAUCCACGGAUAAGAUGCGUCGCCAGCGUCAGUCGAGCGUGUCACACUCCUACACCUCCUCUAUGGACCUCACUAACACCGUCACCAAGACGGACUACUUCAGCGACAUCAACCCCCGCAGCAUGAGGCGACUGAUGAACAUCGUCGCUAUUACAGCUCGUCUGCUGCGAGCGUACAACAUAGACUUUAACUGGCACAGACUGGCCGCGUGGAUCAACAUCAUAGAACAAUGGCCAUACAGAGUAUCCUGGAUCAUCAUUUACUUUGAGGAGAAUGAGAUUGUAGAUCAUAACACGACCCUCUUGUCUCUGUAUGAAAAAGUGGCAGAUAAAAUUCCAGUGUCCAAGGAAAUUGAUCCUCUUCUAGAAAUUGACAGGAAUCCUCGUAAGAUGGAGGCAUUUUUAUCCAGCAAACUGAGUAACAACACAUUGCUGAACUUGAAGGAUCUCAGAAAGUUUCUACCCUGUACCAUCAACCUUGACCCCUAUCUCAGGAAACUGAUCAGAGAGAUGCAGAAGAAUAUGGACACACUACCACCAACUUUUCCUCUGGGUCCCAUGAACUUCCCCCCUCCUGCUGGUGCAGCCCCCACCCCGACAAGGAGGGCAGAGGUCCAGAGACACGCCCAGCAACCUUUUGUCCCCGUGCCUCAGUUGUACCCACAACCCAGAAUGGACCAGAUGGGGAGAAUGCAUCCCAUGAUGCCCUACAACAUGAUGCCGUUUUAUCAGCAGGGAUACGUGGAUGUUCCUUAUACAUGUAUGUCUGGUGGUACAGCUCCCUCUGCUGGUAGAGAUACACAACAGGGCAAGGGAGUGGAUCCAGAAUCCGCCAUUCAGAACUACCAAGACCAGCCAUUGAAUUCUAUGACAGUGAAGAAUGUGUGUAAGCUGAUAGAAAACAUCAGAGGUCUCAACCCAAUGCAAGUACAAGCCUACCAGAAUUGCAUUGUUGAUAACAACAUCUGUGGUAUGGUCCUGUCUACCUGUGAUUUGGAGGAACUGAAAGGGGUGCUGCAGAUGAAGUUUGGGGAUUGGCAGUUGUUCAAAUCAGUUUUGAUCGGGCUCAGACAGCGAGAGAUGACCUGUGAAGAAGAAGGACAGUUUGAACCUGGGUCAAAUAAAGAGGGCAAUGAGACUAUGGCUGGAUUUGAGUCUGCCAGUAGUCAGAGCAGCAAUGGAUUUAAUCAGUACUCUGACAGGAGAGCAGACAAAAAAGGUGGACAGGAACCAUACCCCCAAAUAGUAAAGGCAGACAUCUCUACUCCGAGGAUGACUCGUGUAGACAGUACGUACCAGCAGGUGGCAUUUGAGACCGGAUUGCUGCGGGAAGCCAUGAACAACUUUACAGAGGAACUGGAGGAUGAAGAUCAGAUCCGGCCCAACGUAUCGUUUGCUCUCGACACCAAAGGGGCCUCACUGGAUGACCUUGACGACGGCAGCAGCUUCAGCGAGAGUCAGCCAUUACUGAGGAUGAGGCCCUCCAGCCAGGUGUUCAGCGACAGCCGCCGCAAGGAGUCUCUUUGUGUGGUGCACGAGGCAGAGGAGCACGAGGCCCCCACCGCCAUGUUCUAUCUGAACGAGACGGACAACGCCUCCUCCGAGGGGGAGAGAGAGGGAGGGGGGUCAGGCAUCCCCAUGGUAACCUUUCACAGAGGAGAUCAAUCAAAGGAGGAACAUGUAUAAUCCUAGGACAGAUGGAUUUUGUACUUACUUUUUCUACUUAGUUAUCGUCAUCUAAGGUCAUGUCUGUAGCCAGAUUAUUCACAAUUAUUUAAAUAUGUGAAUUAACUGUGCACAUUUUUGCAAAAAUCAAUAAUGGUAAAAACAUUCCAAACACUGUUAUCCUCUACACUUUUUUCUUUAGGGUUAUUUGAAAGGGUUAUGGAUAUAAACUGUCAAAUCUUUCUAUGUUAAUAUUGAUUAUAAUGCCUGAAGAGAAAAAUGCAGCGUUACAUGUAUUUACCAGGUCCUGGUGCCCUGUAGUGACGUUCAGUUUUCUUUCCUGUUACAGACUUAGGUAUGCAUGGUGAUGAUGAAAUAUGAAAAGAUAUUAGAAUUUUUAGAUUGUGUUUAUGUAUUUUUGUUAUGUUAGUCAUGCUCUGCUUUGCAGUUGGAAGAAAAAAAUGAAUAUUGAAAACCAAUGUCUAAGAAACUUGAGUGUUAUAGAUAUAAUUUUAAUGUUAUUUUUUGUUCCUCUACCAUUCAGAUCAGGUGAUAAUUGAUUAUUUUUUACUGCAUGUAGAUUUGAUAAAAGCAUUGCAACUAUAAUAUAAAGUUGUUCAAAUCAUAUGCUAAUCAGUGCAUCCAGUCAUGAACUUUUGUUUGUAGCAUGUGUCUUAUUAGAAAGAGUCAAAAUUCCAUCUUUUUGGUCAAUAUGUUUAAUAAUGGAAUUUAUUCUCCAAAGAAAAGAGGUGUAGAACUGGUAAUAAUAUUGAUUAUAUCUGCAAUUUUAUAAUAGGGCUCUCUUUGAAUUGUCAUCUGAUGAGGUUGUAUUGUUACUCUUUAGAUUUUGAUCACAUGAUUACACAAAAUAUCUGAUGUUUUACGAGCUUUUGUGUGCACAAAAAAUAUCAGAGUCGUGAAAAAAGCCUGAAAAGCGUAAGAUAUUUUGGACUUUUGAUUGAAUAAAUGUAUAUCCAUUUAAUCAGGAUUGAUGUAACCAUGCAGAGGUAGUUCAAUGUACAAUUCAGUUUUAAACAUUGAAUAUGUUUUUUGGAAUUAUUUAAAUAAAAUCAUAAAUAUU